AUGAAUAUCCGUGUCGUUUCUACUGCAGUUUUGGUCGUUUUGAUCAUUUCUACGGUCUUUUCAGUGACUUGGGCUGUAAAGACGCCACGAUUACACGAAGAGCCUCAAAGCAGAAUUAUCGGGGGGAAACCCGCCGAAGACGGACAAUUUCCCUAUGUCGUUCGUGUUUUGGGAUUUGGCGGACCCUGGAGCGAAACUCACCUUUACUCUUGCACUGGAAGCAUCAUCGAUCCUAGAUUUGUUCUUACGGCGGGUCAUUGCUAUAGUGAGACCACCAAUGCAUCUGAACCUUUCACUUAUCACAUCGAGGCUGGAUCUAUAAUAUCUGGUGAACCGCGUCAGUUUCAAAUAGUCAUCAGUAGUCACGCCUUUCUUCAUCCAGAGUACAGUUUGGACACCCUGGAGAAUGACAUUGCCCUAAUUAAGAUCAAACCUUUCGUGUUUGACGAAUACGUCCAGCCUAUAAGAAUUGCCCUUGGAUCUUGGGAUUCAGAAUCUCACGUGGGAGAGAAAGUCGCUGUCAUUGGCUUUGGAUAUAUUUCAGAGGACGGACCAGUGUCUGAUGUUUUGAAAUGGACGAAACUCACAUUGAUAGCAAAGGAAGUUUGUCAAGCUAUUUACACCGAAGCAGAGAACUUCGAUUUGCCAGAGUCUGUUUUCUGUGCAGAGGAUCAAAAACCACCAAUAAGCUCUGCCUGCUCAGGAGAUUCCGGAGGUCCAGUUGUAAUCAUGAUAAAAGGAAAGCCAGUUGAAAUCGGAGUAACAUCAUUCAGAUCUGACGCUGGAUGCGCCGCGCAUCCUCAAGGGUACACAGAUGUCGCAAAGUUCCAUGAUUGGUUGACAUUGACUAUGGCACAAAACUCAUAA